AUGGCAUUUACAAACGGGUCGUUUGCGACCUUCUUAAUCGUCUGCCCCACCGCCUUUUUCCUUGGCAUAAUAUUUUCCCUCUUCCCCUACGACUACCCGCUGCUCUGGUCCACCACCCCCACUCCGGCUUCGCACUUCGACUAUGUAGAAGCUCACCUCAAAUUCCUUCAUGCCUCCCCGCCGCUCAUCCCUCGCAUCCUCCACAUUGUCAUGUUCCUCGGCCUCGCCGGCCUUAUCAUGAAACUCUACCGCCCUUCCGAAUCAAACAUGCUCUUUGACGGCGCCAGUCUCGUGCUCUACAUGUGCGGUGUCAUCGUGUAUGUCGCCAACAUCGUCAAGGGUCUUCGCAUCGUUACGGCUGGCGAGUAUGGCUCGCAGAUUGCUGGCGAAGAGGGAGAGCAGAUCUUGGGCAGGGAGGAUAGCUUGAAGGUGUUGGCGGCGAGUAAUACCAUUUUGGCGCUGGUGUUGGUCGGUGUGUUGGUGUUGCAGGCGGGACAGUGGUAUGCGGAGAGAAAGGAGAGGGAGGAGUUGGAGGAUAUGAGUAAGAAGUCUGAAGCUAAGAAGGAGGAGAAGGAGGCGCCUAAAGUCACAAGACAGACUAGUGCCAGUAAGAAGAAACAGUAA